UUUCCUGAUGCUACUGCCACUCCCAAUGUCUGUGAAGAGAAGAUGCAAAAUGGCCAACCAGUACCUGAUAAUGUCUUGUCAAUAGUUCUACCAGGGAUUAUUAAUAUGGAAGCAGAUGGUAUUUCAUCCCUAAGUACCGGGGAUCUGUAUACUACAGUCACUCACAAUGGCUGUGAAGAGUAGAUAAAUAAUGGCCAACCAGCACCUGAUAACCUCUUGUCAGCCAUUACACCAGCGCUUAUUAAUCUGUCAGGAGCUGAUAUUCCACCCAUGAGUACCAGGGAUCAAUAUGCUACUGUCACUCACAGUGUCCAUGAAGAGAAGAUGGAAGAUGGCCAACGAGCACCUGAUAACAUCUUGUCAGCUAUUCCACCAGGGCUUAUUAAUAUGGCAGGAGCUGGUAUUCCAGCCAUGAGUACCCAUGAUCUAUAUGCUACCAUCACUCACAAUGUCCGUGAAGAGAAGAUACAGAAAAGCCGACCAGCACCUCAUAACUUCUUGUCAGCUGUUGCAUCAGGGCUUAUUAUAAUGGCAGGAGCUGGUAUUACAGCUAUGAGUACCAUGGAUCUGUACAUUUUAUUUCCAGAUGCCACUGCCACUCACAAUGUCCAUGAGGAGAAGAAAAAGGGCCAACAAGCAUCUGAUAACUCCUUGUCAAUGGUUCCACCAGGGCGUAUUAAUCUGUCAGGAGCUGGUAUUUCAUCCAGGAGUACCAGGGAUCUGUAUGCUACUGUCAUUCACGACAUCCCAGAGGAGGAGAUGGAAAAUGGUCAAACUCCUCCCGAUGACUUCCUGUCCAAUUCCGCUCCACCAGAGCUUAUAAAUAUGACAGGAGAUCGUAUGCCACAUAACACAUUGGAUACUUUCUCUUACGACUUCACUAGUCUCAGCAAAGAUGAGCUGCUUUACAAACCUGAUAGUAAUGAAUUUGCUGUAGGCAUCAAAAACUACAGUGUCUCUACAGGUGACCCACCAGUCACAGCAAUGUCUUCAGUGGAAACUGUGCCAAAUACACCACAAAUGUCUCCUGCCAUGGCAAAGAAAAUUAAUGACGAUAUAAAAUAUCAACUAAUGAAAGAAGUUCGAAGGUUCAGGCGAAAUUAUGAAAGAAUUUUCAUUUUGCUUGAAGAAGUACAAGGAUCUAUGAAAGUCAAGGGACAAUUUGUUCAAUUUACCAUCAAGGAAGCAGCAAGGUUUAAAAAAGUCAUCUUAAUUCAGCAACUCGAGAAGGCGCUUAAAGAAAUAGAUUCCUGGGAUCUCAGAAAAGUUAAGCACAUGAGAAAAAAAUAA